AUGUAUGAGAAAGCUCACAGAGAUACCUCGAGUGCCUUCCCUGCUCCUCCUCCUCCUCCCCCCUUCGUUCCAGCAGACGACUCAAUCCUCUUCAAACGCCCCACCGAGGAGUUAAUACCCCCCGCCCAGAGAAAUGAGGAGAGGAGGGAGAGACAAGGCAGUCUGACUAUUUGGAAGCAUGCCCACGGCACGGAGCGGUCCCUACGUGAGAAGCCCCGCCCCGGCCGUGACCUCGUUCUGCUGUGGAUAAGACACACACAGCCGCUUCCCGAAGCCACUUGCGGCUCCCGGCUCAUCACGGGCGAGCCCUCGGAUUUACGAGCAAAGGGGGUUUUGGUUGGACAUCCGCGCUCCUCCUCUCACCAUGAAACCAUCGCCUCACCCCGCUUUCUCCCAAACCUCGAUGAACGACUGCAAAGUAUCCACCACGACAAAAGGCCAGAUCAAACCCGUCGCUUGCUUUGUGAGCAACAAGUCACUGACAAAAAAUUCUCCUUUCAUGAAGAAGGCUUCGUCACCUGGCGUGGCUUGCUGAGUUCCCAUGGCGUGCUAUAG